GAGAGAGAGAGAGAGAGAGAGAGAGAGAGAGAGAGAGAGAGAGAGAGAGAGAGAGGAUAUCGUGACAGAGAGAGAGAGAGAGAGAGAGAGAGAGAGAGAGAGAGAGAGAGAGAGAGAGAGAGAGAGAGAGAGGAGAGCGAGGAGGCCAGAGAAGAGAAAAGAGAGAGGCGAGACCGAGAGCGUGCUGGGAGGUCGACCACACCGGAGGAGGAUUUGAGAAGGUAAGCCUUACAAGCAGUUGGAGAGAUACUGCCGGUGAGGGAAGCCAUACCCACCUCAC